AUGAUCUCCAAGCGAUAUGACCAUCUCCUGCGCUUGCUCCUGGUGGGAGAGACAGGGGUUGAGUUAUGCAGGUUUUCUUCGGAUGAUUUCAACUCUUCACAUAUUUCAACAAUAGGUAUUGACUUCAAGAUGAAGAUGAUUGAUAUUGAUGGUCAGACUGUGAAGGUGCAAGUUUGGGAAACUGCAGGUCAGGAGAGAUUUGGGGCAAUAACCAAGCAGUUCUAUAGACGUGCACAGAACUGCAAGGAACACACGGUGGUGACACUGAUAGGGUACAAGAGUGACAAGCUGGACACUCGAUGGGUGACAUUCCUUGAGGCACAGACACCAUUUCGAGAUGUUUGUCGGGCAGUACUUCAGAACGAGUCACUCACAGAACCGGAGCAAGAGAACACGAACAUUACGAUCGACACGCAGGUACAGACUGAGGGCUCGACACGAGAUGAACCCAGGACCAGUGUAGUUGACACGAGUUAUACACGGGGAAACUGUGCCAAGAGUGAUGGUUUUGGUGACAUAUACGGUGGUCGAGGCUUCGGUGUCCGCAACAAGGAGGGAGAAAGAGUAUUAGAAUUUGCUCUAGCCAACGAUCUGGCCGUAGGCAAUACCUGGUUUGUAAAGAAGGAGAGCCAUCUUGUUACCUACUGCUCGAGAAAUCAUUGA